AUGUCGGAAGCGCCACCACCUUCUCCGCUCCGAGACCUUCUUCUCCGUUUAUCGACCCGAAUCUCAGAGUCUUUGGCCACCGUCCCCUACACUCCACACCGAGCCUCCAACGUCUCCGUCAAAGCCUUUCUGGAACCCCUCCUUCUACCCACAGCCACGGUCAAAGACUUUGCUCUCGCGUGCGCUCUUCUUUCCUCUUCCGCUUUUGACUCUUCCGGCAUUCUCUCAUGGGUCCCCAGCCACCUCUCCUCUCUUGCAACUUCGUCCUUAUCCGAGCUCUCCAGUGGGUAUCAGGCUGAGCUCCGCGACGGAAAUGACUACCUUGUUGUUCUUCCGGAGAAGAGGUUGGUGCUGGAACUGAUGCCCGAGGUUUUGCCCCUUUUGAAAGAGAGGAUUCAGGAGAGCUCCAUCAAUAAGUCCGAUGAGAGCGACGAGUUCUCCGCGGCAUCGGCGAGAGCCCCCGUUGGGUUCGCCAUUCUCGCUGCUUUUCAGUUUAGAUGGUUUCUUACACAGGUUGAUUAUCCCCAUUUGGGUAAAUUGUGUGGAUUGGUGAUUCCUUGUGCACUGACUGCUGUUGAUCAUUGGUCCGCUGUAGUGAAGGGACAGGGCAUGAUUAUCCUCGCACAUGUUGGGAAAAAUGUGGAUGCUGCUGAGCUUGGUGGGUACGUGGACGUGAUUCUAGAUGCCUGCUGCCAGAACACGGCUUCUGAUGAUGAGAUAUGGCAUCAUGUGGUUGAGGCGUCAGUAGUUCUUGUGACUCUUACUCAGAGAAGUAAUCCCCGCAGUCCAUGGUUUGAAAGGAUGCUAAAUGAGAUGAUAAGUCAUUUGGAGCGCCAGCCCAGAAACAAAGACCGUCGCAUCGCAUGGCUUAAAUCUGCUGAUUCACUAUUUAAUGGAGUUGGUCUUGUGCUUUUAGCUCACUUCAAGCGCAUUUUCCCAUUAUUUUUUCAGUGGAUGCAUGCUGAUGACAAUGAGACUAUUAUUUUGGUUCUAAAAUCUACAUACAUAAUUUUGAGACUAACGUGGAUAAGGAACUCACCAUUUAUUGCAAAAUUGGUAGCUGAACUGGCCCUUGUGUAUAAGGAGGCAGCGUUAAGAACAGCUCGGGAAGAUAUUAGAGCAAAUAUAUAUCAGAUACUGAUCCUACUUCAAGAUUCAUAUCGUUUGUGUGUACCCAGAAGCAAAGGCCUGCAAUUUAAUGCGGCUUGGGACAAGCAUCGGUCCGAUCCAGACUUGACCACUCUUACUCUGUCAUUAACUGGAAGAAGUAAUACUAAGACUGUACCUUCAGAGGAUUGUCUUCGGCAGGGUUCGGUAUCCGUUGGUUCAAUGAUAAGUUGA